AUGCAAAUGAAGAUUCAGGGAUUACUAGACCCAGAUGGGCUUGGUCAACCAAUUGAGUGGCUUAAAGAAUCAAGAUGUUUUAGAAUGUGUGGGAUCAGAGGUCUGAAAAACUCCAUUCAAUACUUGUCACAAGCCAUUAAAGUUUGUUCUGGCCCUCUAUUAGCUGUGGCGCAUUGUUUACGAUCACUUUGCAUCGAGGAUGACAAACCAAACUCAGAGGGUUCUGAAUCUGAUUCUUACACAGCUGAAUAUCUGUGCUAUGAUUUGUGUGAAAGCUUGGUAUCUAAUGGAGUUUACUUGAGUUCAUGUUUUGGUGGGACUAAAUCUGAAGUUUGUCGUCUGAUGGAUGAUCAAGAUCUGAGUAAUGUCUCUAACCGGGCUUCUGUUGUGGAGGAGCGACAUCCUUCUGUUGUUAUUGUUGAUGACUGUCAUAUCAAGAGGGAAGGAAAGGUCGUGACAGCACAAGAUACAGCUUCUGGAGAUUCUUUGAUUGGUCCACUUUAUGAGGUCUUCGACGGUACUAGGAUGGUAAAAUUAACCAAAGAAGAACUGUAUGAGUUGUACAAGGAAUGCAUGCGACAUCAAAACUGGAAGCAUGCAUCUGAGGACGCUAAAAUUUCCAAUACGUAUUUUCCUAGGUCGGUGUGGAAGAUUGAGUCGCGGGAUGAUAGCGAGGAGUGGGUCAAGUCAUACAUGGAGGGGGAGGAAAUCAUAUUUUCAAUACCCAACUCGGAAAAGCUAACCUGCCGAGCAAGCUUUUGACAAGAGGUUUUUAUAUCCUUCAGGGUUGCAUUUCUGUCCGAGGUUGAGAGUCUUGUAGUAUUCGGUUUCGGCGGCCCUGGGGACCAAACGUUGAGGAUUUGUAUGGAUGAAAGGAGCGAAAUUGGUAUCAGAGUUGGGACUUUCCCGGUGAAGAAUGUGGAAGUCGGUCUGAGAGUGGAGGAGCUAAAAGAGUAAGGUGAGUG